AUGGAGUUUUCAAAAUACCACGCUUUGGGGAACAAUUUUAUUUUUGUGGAUAACAGAAAUGGGGAGAAUGACUUCUCCAAAGAAGCUUUCAUCGCGAGAUUAUGCGACCCCAGAACUGGGAUUGGUGCGGACGGGUUGGUCGAGAUCCGUUCUUGUGAGAACGCUGAGCACAGUUCCUGUGCUUUUGAGUUUGUGUAUCACUGUAGCGACGGGCGGUUGGGGUCGUUUUGCGGGAAUGGUGGACGUUGUGCUGUGAAGUUCGCAGUUCAGCUCGGCCUGGCGUCAGCAAACGAAGACGUUACAUUCUGUACGGCCUAUGACGGUGAGCACGUCGGUCAUCUUAGCAGUGGUUCUGGACUCGUGCGCCUUCAGUUGAGAAAUAUUGAGCAGGGAAUGGCCUGUAAGCUUGAUGAGAAUACCUACCAGAUCGAUACGGGCGGCUGUAACUUUGUGACGUACGUGGACGACCUUGAGAGCUUUGACGUUCAGAAGGAUGGUGACGACACCCGUUUAACACAUGACGUCAGUGAUGACGAGGGAUUUAACAAAAUGUACGUCCAGAACGGGGAAACCCCUUGGAAUAUUUCAGUGCGAAGUUACGAGUGCGGCGUCAACGGUGAGACGCUGGCGUGUGGGACUGGCGCCGCUGGCGCUGCGCUUGUUACGGUAAGUCAGCGGUCAGUGUUCACGGAACCGACGGCAGUGAAAGUUAACGUCAAAGUACGUCUUGGGACACUGACGGUGACGGCCAGACGCAUGGGUGAGUGGGAAUUCUCAGACGUGUAUCUAAUUGGUCCUGCAUGUCACGUGUUCGACGGUGUGGUCGGAGAGCUGUAUUGA